AUGGCAAAUCCAUCAACAGAAACAGCAACAGGAGAUGGGAAAAAUUUAGGCCCAGAGAUUGAUAUCGAGAAGGAAAUAGCGAAGUUGAAUUAUUAUACAGAGCAGACAGAUGAGCUCAUAGAAAUUGGAGACACAGUAGAAAUGGAGAUAGCAACAAAUAGGGUGAAGGUAAUCCACAAUAAGAUAAUUGAUUUGACAGGGAGAAUUGAAGAGAUGAAAAUAGAACAAGGGGAAUCAUCUAGGUCAGUUAGGCAGUGGAAAAAGGAUGUGAAAGAUAAAUAUACAGGAAUGUUAGAGCAAAAUGAGAAAAUGUUGAGAGCUUUAACACAAAUAGAAACUCAAACAAGAGAGGAAGGUCUGAGAAGGGAAUUUGAAAGGAAGCAAAUUGAGCAGCUAAGGGAAGAUAAGAGAAUGCUAGAAAGACAAAAGCAAUUAGCAGACCAUGAAGAGAAAAUAAGAAAGGAGAGAUACUUACAAGAGAAGUCUUUAUGGGAGGAAAGAAUGCAUGCUGAAAUUAAACUUGCAGAGAAAAAGCUAGAAAUGGAAUGUGGGGCUAAGGCAACCUUUUCAAAACUGCCAGAGCUGAGAGUCACACCAUUUAAAGGCACAAUAGCUGACUGGAUAAGAUUUGAAAACAUGUUCACAAGUCAAGUUUUAAGUAAGGGGUUUAGUGAUGAAGUUAAAUUUGGAUAUUUGUUAGAGAUGGUGAAUCCCAGAGUAAGGGAUAAAAUUGCAAAUCUGAAACCAGGAAAACUUGGGCUUGAAACUGCCUGGGAAAGGCUCAAAAAGGAAUAUGGGCAAAGGAAUGCUGUGAUAAACACACACAUUGAUGAAAUUGUGAAUCUACCUACCAUAAAGGGAGUAAAUUAUGAGAAAAUUCAAGAAUUUUAUGACAAGCUCACAAAGAAUUAUGAUGCCCUGCUGACACUUGAUGAAGAAAACAUGUUGAGAGGAUUUGUGAUGACAACAUUAAACAAGCUGCCAAAUGUCAAGUCUGAUUUGGUAAGGCUGGAUGAUGAUUGGGAAAGCUGGGGGAUGUCAAAGCUUAUUGAUAAUUUGCAGAAGUGGUUGAAAAGAAACAAAACAGAGGAAAUUGGAAAGCCAGUGGAAAAAAGAGAAAAACACUGGUAUACAGGUGAAACAAAGGAGAAACACUCAAGAAAAUGUAUUUAUUGUGAUCAAGAUCAUUGGAGUGAUAAGUGCAAAACACAGGAAACUAUAGAGAGUAGGAGGAGCUUCUUCAGAGAAAAUAAGCUAUGCUUCAACUGUGGGAAAAAAGGACACAGGGGGGAUAAGUGUCUAAGUAGGGGGUGCUACUUUUGUAAGGCUAAACACCACAGCAGCCUAUGUGAAAAGCAGAAAGGUGAAAGUGAAAAAGGUUCAAUUUUAACAGGAUUCACACCUUCUGUGGAGGAAACACUCCCACCAAUUUUGCCUCUAAGAAUUGAUGGAAAGGUUAUUUGGGCAUUCCUUGACACAGGUUCAGGAAGGAAUUUCAUUUCUAAGGAUGCGUUAAUGAUGCUCAAAUCAAAACCUGAGAGAUAUGAAACAAAAGAUGUAACAACUAUCAAUGGAACAGCAAGAAAAGCCAUGCCAAUCUUUCAGAUGACCAUAGAAUCAUUAGACAAGAAAGCCAGAGAACAUAUUGAGGUUGCAGGGGUAGAAAUGCAUGAUUUCACAACAGUCAAAAGGCCAGAUUUAAGGAAAUUGAAACAGCAGUUUAGACACACCAAAGACAAAGAAUUCUACAUAACAGCAUCAGGGGAACAUAAAAUUCACAUGAUUAUUGGAGACAAAACAUACAGCAAACUGAGAACAGAGACAGUUUUCAAGGGGAAUGAUGAUGAACCAAUUGUAGAAGGCACAUCAUUUGGUUGGAUUAUUCAUGGAGGAGAAUUUUCUAGCACAAAUUGCAUGUUCACCAGGGAGCUUGGAAAUGAAUAUGAGAGAUUAUACAGCCUUGACAUACUUGGGGUUGAAGACAGGGGAGAAGAUGACCAAUUAGAUGUUUACAAAGAGUUCAAAGAGAACAUUUCCAGACAAAAUGAUGGAAGGUAUGAAGUUAAUGUUCCAUGGAUACCAGGAAGCAAUUUGGCAGAAACAAAUGAGAUGCAGAGCAGAAAGAGAUUGAAAAAUGUUGAGCGCAAACUGAGGCAUGAUGAAAAACUGCAGAAAGAAUACACAGAAAUUGUUGAGAAUCAGUUAAGAGAGGGAGUUGUGGAGAGAGUUCCAAGUGAACCAUCUGGAACAAGAAUAUUUUACAUGCCUCACAAACCAGUUGUAAGAGAGAGCGCUGCUACCACAAAGGUGAGAAUGGUAUUUGAUGCUAGUGCACGCCCAACGCCAACAACAAACAGCAUCAAUGAUUGCAUGUACAAGGGACCUGUGUUGCAGCCAAAUAUUUGGGACAUUAUGGUCAGAGCAAGAAUGACACCAUAUCUGCUGCUAGGAGACAUACAAAAGGCAUUUUUACAAAUUGGAAUUAAAUCAGAGGAUAGAGAUGCAUUCAGAUUCUUAUUCACACUGAGUGGGAAGGAAGAACACCUAAGAUUUCUAAGAGUCCCUUUUGGGGGGGAAGCCAGCCCAUUUAUGUUGGGGGGAACCUUGCAGCACCAUUAUGAGGAAUUUACUAACACAGAGCUAGCCAGUACCCUAGAAAUGCUCAGAGAAAAUACAUAUGUAGACAAUCUGAUGUGUACAGGAAUGAGCAUUGAAGAGCUUCAAAGAUUUAAAGGAGAGGCAUCUGAAAUACUAGAGGAUGCAAAGUUUCAAAUUCAUAAAUGGGAAUCCAACAUAGAAAGCCUAGAAAGUGAAAAUAUGGAGAAUCCAAGCAAGAUUUUGGGGCAUGUUUGGAACAAGGAAGAAGAUACUUUGAUGAUACCCAUAAACAAAGGGGAAGAGGAUAAGGUCUCAAAGAACACUGUAUUGAGUCAAUUAGCCAGAAUUUAUGACCCCUUGGGAAUCAUUUCACCAACCCUAGUAGAAGGAAAGAGAAUCUUCAGGGAGGCCUGUGAUGAGAACAGGGGAGGGGAUGCUGAAGUUUCUGAACCCCUUAUGAAAGAUUAUUUGAGAUGGAUGAGACAGCUGAGAGAAUUAAAGAUACCAAGAACUUUAGUAAGAGAAAUAAGAGCAGUUGAUGCAGUGAAUUUACACAUAUUUGCAGAUGCAAGUGAAAAGGCAUGCUGUGCUGUGACAAUUGCAGUAGUGGAACAAGGAUCAAGCAAAUCUACUGAAGCAUCCCGGAUCGCGCACAUCCUCGUUGAUGAAAUUCUUGCUCGUCAUGGUGCUCCUCGCGCCCUACUUUCUGAUCGCGGGCCUAACUUUCUAGCGUCAAUUGUGAAAGAAGUGUGCAAAAUUAUGAACACUCGGCGUCAGCUCACCACGGCCUACCAUCCACAGACAGAUGGUCUUGUCGAGCGUUUUAAUGCAACUUUGGCCGAGGGUCUUUCUAUGUACGUCAGCUCUAACCAAAAAGAUUGGGACAAACAUAUUCCGAUGGUCCUGUUCGCUUAUCGUGUUUCUCCUAAUGCCACGACAGGAGAAUCGCCGUUUUAUCUAUUGUAUGGACGCGAGCCACGCUUGCCGAUUGAUGCUGCGUUGAUUUUACCGGAUUCUAAGUUGUCGUCGUCAGUUGCCAAACUGCGUGCUGAAAUUGUUCAAAAUUUAGAGAAUGCGCAGUCUAUCAUUAAGUCUAACACGCAACUCGCGCAGCAAAAGAUGAAAGCCUACUACGAUCUCAAAGCGACUCCUUAUUCUAUACGAUCAAAGCUAUCUCCGGUUCAUUUCAAACUUCGGACCUUGGAUAAUCGCCCUGUUUCUGUUCCGGUUCAUGCAAAUCGACUAAAGCCAUACCACGACCCGGCCGACCGACCGAUUGAACCACCUGUCGAUGACUCUUCGUCUCUUGAUUUACAAGACGCAGACUUACCACCGGACAGCUUCAUUCCAUUGCAAGCAGCUCCUCCGCAGGAGAACACUCGCCGUAUCGCUCAGCAAGUUUCAGACACUGAUUCAUCGACGGAGCCGCAGAUUACGCGCCCUGAGGAUACCUUUACCCCUCAAGUUAUACGCGGUGUAUAG